AUGACGGACUCAAAGGCGGGUCACAAUUGGUAUGCACCCUUCGCCAAUCCCGCGCAGGCCAAGACGACACAUUGGAGGCAAUCCGUCACCAAUUCUGGCACGGUCUCCGACACCAGCUUCAAUGUGUUACUCGACAUCUGGUCCGAGUCACAGGCGGAAGGCUGGGAUAUCAAAGAGGACGACUUCAAUGCGCGUGUGUCGAAGGAACUCCUCGACCAGCCUCCCCCAUCUGCGAACCCGUUCUCGAGUACUGACUGGGACAAGGACCCAUUCAUCCUAUCCUUACUGAAGACCAGCUCGAGCAGACAGCAAUCUGAAGCAACUGCCCCUCAAGUACCGAUCCACGGCGGUGUCGUCCGGGAUAUCAUGCCAAUCAUCCACAACGUUCUCACCGACACGGAGAGCCGACACGCCGACCAGUACCAGUACUACCCACAUGCGCUUUUCUGGACACCGCAAGGACAGUCACGUAGUGCAACACAUGUGUCACAGUCUUCGCCUCCGUCACCUGCAAGCGGUGGUCUUGCGUCUCCUAUCGGAGAAGAUAUUUCUCCACAUUCCUUACCACACCACUCCCCAAGUUCUCCCACUCCUGCGGCUGCACCUGUACCACCGACUCCACUCCGGAUCUACACCGACGCAUCCAACUCUCCUGCGUUUCUGGCGGAGGAGGAGAAUAUACGACAGCUCCCUCGAGACCCUCUAGAUCCUGCAGACCUGGAGUAUGGCAUUAUUCCAAUGAUCUUAUGGUCAGAUGCUACUCAUCUGUCCGAUUUUGGCGACGCCAAGAUGUGGCCGGUGUAUCUCUACUUCGCCCAUCUGUGCAAGUACACCCGAGGCCGACCCACGGAAUUUGCUGCGCAUCAUAUUGCAUACAUACCCUCACUCCCGGACACAAUUGAGGAGGCUUAUGCGGACAUCUUCGGGAAGCCUCCGACGGAGGAGAUCAUGCGCUACCUCAAACGCGAUCUUUUUCAGCAGAUCUGGCUAUGGUUAAUGAACACAGAGUUCAUGGAAGCAUACGAGAAGGGUGUUGUGUACCAAUGUACCGAUGGCAUCACACAACGGAUGUUUCCGCGUUUUUUGCAUACUCGGCGGAUUACCCUGAGAAGAUUCUUGCAACCGGUCUCAAGCCCCUCUCAAAGCAUCCAGGAUAUGGUGCGCCGUGCCGAGCUAGCCCGCAAGGAUGACAGUGAUCUUCACGAAGUCGUUGAAGCUGCCCGGAAGGCGCUUUUCAAAGGCUAUUCCAUUAUCGGUGACAAGAUCCAAGACCUACUUCAACCACAGUCACUCAACCCCAUCCGAAGUGCUUUCUCUACGCGACUCGCACCACAUGGGUUCAAUGCCUACGACCUCUUCGCCCCAGAUAUCAUGCACGAGUUUGAGCUUGGAGAAUUCAACACUCGAAUGCGAAAAAUGCCUACUUUUGGUAACGGGCGUAUACGGAAAUUCUUGCGAAAUGUCUCCUCGCGUAAGGGUCUUGCUGCACGAGACUAUGAGAAAUUUCUCAUUACUAUGAUGCCUGCGAUGGAGGGUCUCCUCCCUCUCGAGCAUGGAGAAAUCGUCCAAGACAUGCUCUUCGAGCUUGCUAACUUCCACGCCCUUGGGAAGCUCAGAAUGCACACAGACAUCACCCUCGAAAUCAUGGAGCACGCGACAACGUCCAUGUAUGACAGUAUUCGUCGCUUUGACGCCUUCGUUGCAACAGAGUAUGAAACUGUUGAACAGGAGCACGAGAGGCGGUCACGCAUCCGCCGGGUGAACACGAAGAACCUGACGAAUGCGAAGGCGAAAAAGCUGAUGAAUGCGAAGGCGAAGAAGUACAGGGUGAUGCAGACCUACAAGUAUCACGCGAUUGGUCAUUGGGUUUCAUAUAUCCGUUGUCGAGGUCCGUUGGAUAUUGUUUCCACUGAAACUGGAGAAUGCGAGCACAAGACGGUCAAGGUUCUAUACAAUCGCACCAAUCGACAUGAACAUGUAUUCCAGAUUGCGCGACUAGUUCGGCAGCGAGAGCACAUGCUCCGGAUCCACGAUCGCAACCCUGACAAAGAACCUCGCCGAAAUGCUCCCAAUUCAACUGCUGACGACACCCCUCUGGGAGACCCUUACGAACGCUACGAGAUCCCCAAGUCCUCGAAGAACGGACUUCGGAUACUCAGAUGGAUCCACGACAACUUCGACGACCCAGCUGGGCUUUAUCCGGAGCUCCAGGAACAUCUUCUGACACGCAUACUCGGAGAGCGAGAAGACAUCCUCGACGACAACGGGCUUCGGACAUUCACGGAUGCCGAGCACCUGGGAGUCAAGAUCACCGACGAGCGGAUGUUCUCUCACAACACGGCCCGUUUCAACUACACCAACUACGCUGUUCGGCGCGAGCUGGACAGAAUCAACAUACGUACGCACUCUGACAUCAUGAUGCUCGCCCCCAAAGGCUCCUCCCACCCAUACAUGUAUGCUCGCAUCAUCGGGAUCUACCACCUACACACCCGGUACAACGGCCCUGGAGCAACCUUCUCACACCAGGCUCCACAACGCUUCUACAUCCUCUGGGUCCGGUGGUACGAGCUCGACGAGACCUAA